CUUAUACCAAUAAAAUAUUCUUCUAAAGAAAAAUUAAGAGUUGCAAAAUGGAGAAAAUUUCAAAGAAGCAUUUUGUUCUAGUUCAUGGAUUUUGCCUUGGUGCUUGGAGUUGGUACAAAGUUAUCAACUUUUUGGAAAAAUUUGGUCACAAAGUAACUGCUUUAGACCUUGGUGCUUCUGGAAUUAAUAUGAAACAACUCAAUGAAAUUAGUUCAAUAUUUGAUUAUGUUCAACCUUUGAUGGAUUUUAUGAUCUCUUUGUCUCAUGAUGAAAAGGUUGUUUUAGUUGGUCAUAGUUAUGGUGGCCUUGCAAUUUCACUUGCCAUGGAAGCUUUCCCACACAAAAUCUCAACAGCUGUUUUCAUCUCUGCUUAUAUGCCUAAUCAUGUGGAUCCACCUUCACUUCUUAUUCAUGAGUUCUUUAGGAGGACUUCAGUGGAGUCUCUCAUGGAUUGCCAAUUUACAUUUGAUCAAGGAAUGGAAAAUCCACCAACAAGUGCUAUUUUUGGCUCACAGUACAUGCAAGCUAAUCUUUACAACCAUUGCCAACCAGAGGACUUGGAAUUGUCAAAAAUGUUGGUAAGACCAGGAAAGUUUUUCACAGAAGGCAUGUCAAAGGAAGGGUUGUUGACAAAAGAGAAAUAUGGGUCAAUAAAAAGAGUUUACAUUGUAACCCAAGAUGAUCAAGUAAUGGAAGAAGAAUUCCAAAUGUAUAAUAUACACAAGAGCCCUCCACAUGAAGUCAAAGUUAUUGCCAAAUGUGGCCAUAUGGUUAUGAUAUCCCAACCUCACAAGCUUUCCCUAUGUUUGCAAGAAAUAAUUGCUAGCAAUAAUUGAGAAUUCAUAUAAGCGAUCUCAAUUUUUCUAAAGACUGAGAUAUAGUUAUUAUAGUAUCGAUGAAUCGAUCGAUUAGUUGUUCCUAUUAGAACAAGAAUAAGAAUUUCAAAAUUUAUCUCGUA